AUGAUCGGAGACGGCGAUGGAGGAAAAUGGCGGCGGCGGCGAGCAUGUGUGUCGAUGGUUCUGUUCUGCUUCUCUCCAAUUCUCCUACCUCUCCUCUGCUUCUCCUUUCCUCUACUCUGUAUCGCCGCUCUCUUUUUAAGAAGAACGCCCGCCGGAGCAAAGGGCUGCAGGAAACGCCGCCGCGAAGUCGCCGGAAUCGUGAGUCGGUGCGAGGAAGGAGGGAUGCGGGAUGCGAUUAGGGGCGAACUGCUACAUCGGUACCUCGAGGAUCAAAUGAGAGCCGUUGCUUCGGUAGUGGAUUUAGACGGCAACGGUGACGGAGACGGAGACGGCGCGACGGCAGCCGUAGUGAAUAAGCGUACUUGGGAGAGACGGAGAUGUACAGAUUAG